AUGAAUAUUGGGAAUAGAUCAAACUUUUCUGAGAAAAAACUGCCUAUUACAGGACUUUCAAGAAACAAGGAAAAUGCCACGUCUGCUGGGAGAAUAGAACAUUGGACUUCAAUUUCUGCCUGGAUGAUUGCCUAUGACUCAGGUUGGAUUGAGUGUAACUAUACUGGAUCCAAACAUCAGCACCUUCAACCGAUGGAGCUUAGCUGGAAAUCGAUACCAAAUGCUUGA